AUGACAUCUGCUAGAAUUAAUGAAUUCAAUAAGAAAUGUGAUAUUACAUUUCAAAUUCAUACUCAUAAUAAUCGAAAUUUGCGCCCCACAAUUGUAAAAGAGGAAUUAGAUUGGGUUUUAUAUUUACACAACUCACAUUUCUGUCUUAUAAGAAGAAAUAAAAAAAGUUUGGGUAUUAAAGAAAUAGAAGAUAAUUAUGAACAAGAAUGGAAAACAUGUAGAGACGAUAACACAGUAACACAGGUUUCACCUCUGAAACUAAACGUGUUUUCAAGUAUGAGUGAUGAUGGGUUAUUUGCUUGGGAUUGUGAAACAUAUUCAGAAAGUGAAACGCGUAAAGCAAUUCCUUAUGCGUGUACGUUAAUUAAUUUAAAAAAACUAAGAAAAAUGUUAGACACAAUAAAUAAUCUCUUUCCAGAUUUAAAUCCUGCAGAUAAUGUUCCAGAAGAAUUUUAUGAUAAACUAAUGAAUAUAGUAGAAAUAUUUGUAGCAAUGUCGGAUUUAGUCAGUAAAUAUCCAAAAGCAGAACGUGCUAGACCGUUUCUAGAAGAACAAGAAUUUGUAAAACUCUUCAAUAAACAAAAAUUUAGACCUAGAACAGCUAUUUUAACAGUGUGGUUUGACUAUCCCAAAAACAUGUUCUUCCAACCGAUACCAGCAGAUAAAAUAUCUUACACAAAUAAAGAAGGAAAAAAGGAAACUGGCACUAAAAUCAGGUUUAGAAAUGGUUUCUGUUCAGUUGUUUUAACAUCGGUCGAUAUUCAAGAAAUAGUGAAAGCCGGUGGACGAAUUAAUAGAAUAUUAGAUGGUAUAGUAUACGAAGAAAAUUUUAAAACUCCACCAUACAGAGAUUAUAUUUUAAUUUUGAGAGAUCUAAGAUAUAAAUAUAAACGAGAAGUUAAUAUGGUUGGUAGAAUUUGCAUGAAAUUAUUAAGUUAUUCCUUGUAUGGAUUCACAUGUUAA